CCCCUCUCUCAUCUCCCUCCGGCCCGGCCCAUUGCCGGAUGCUCCGCCCGCACACCUGCUCCAGGAGCUCUAGGCCACAACCCCACCCUCGGCAGCUCCGGGACGGCUCCGAGGGUGGGCUGCCUCCCGUGCCCUCCACGUUAAGGGCCCGUCAUUGGGCUGACCCGCUGUCAGCCCGAGCUCCGACCGACCUCCUUUUUGUGGUGUUUGUCUGGACCGCAACACAAUAGCGGAGCGGGGCCCUCCUCUCGAUGCCGCCCAUUGGCUGGAGCUCCGCCCUGGCGGUCUCUGAUUGGCCGAAGGCAGAAACACCAAGCUAGGUUGCCUAGCGAUCGCCGAGGAAGCUGAUGUGUUAGUCGUUGUUUGCAGCGGAGGAUCAGGAAGUAUAAAGUUGGUGCUUCCUCGGUGCCGGAGAAGUUUCUCACCCCGAAGGACUGAAGGGUGAACAGGUGUCCUGAGCCAAGGGGAGCCAUCCGCCGUCCGGGCCCCGCACCCCGAGUAGCCGCCGCGACGCCAGGUGAGAAUGUCAUCUUUGACUCACCGAGGCCGGCGGCGAGCUGAGGUUGGCAAGAAUUCUGAAAAGAAGUUGGAAGGUGAGGAAGACUCCAACCAAGAUAGAGGUCUGGAUAAUGAUGACUCCGGGGACUCUAAGGAUAUUCGCCUCAACCUUAUGGAAGAGGUGUUGCUCCUGGGCCUGAAGGAUAAGGAGGGUUAUACAUCCUUCUGGAAUGACUGCAUUUCCUCCGGGCUCCGGGGAGGCAUCCUGAUUGAAUUGGCUAUGCGCGGCCGGAUCCAUCUGGAGCCCCCCACCAUACGGAAGAAGAGACUCCUUGACAGAAAGGUGUUGCUAAAGUCAGAUAGUCCGACUGGAGAUGUAUUACUGGAUGAAACCCUCAAGCACAUCAAGGCCACAGAACCUGCUGAAACGGUUCAGACAUGGAUAGAGCUACUCACUGGUGAAACGUGGAAUCCCUUCAAGCUGCAGUACCAGCUGAGAAAUGUGCGAGAACGGAUUGCCAAAAAUCUGGUGGAGAAGGGUAUUCUGACCACCGAGAAGCAAAACUUCCUGCUCUUUGACAUGACUACCCACCCAGUGACCAACACAACAGAAAAACAGCGGCUGGUCAGAAAGCUUCAGGAGAGUGUUCUGGAACGAUGGGUAAAUGACCCCCAGCGCAUGGACCGCAGAACCCUGGCCCUUCUGGUGCUGGCCCACUCCUCAGAUGUCCUAGAAAGUGUCUUCUCUACGCUGGCGGAUGACAGAUACGACAUAGCCAUGAAUCGAGCCAAGGACCUGGUAGAGCUUGACCCAGAGGUGGAAGGAACAAAGCACAGUGCCACGGAGAUGAUCUGGGCCGUGUUGGCAGCCUUCAAUAAAUCCUAAAGCCAGCAGGUGGGUUACCCCUUCCCCUGCUGCUGAUGACCACCGAAGGCCACAUCGCUCCGUUCAUGGGAUGAGGUGUUUGAUUGGGAGUUGGUUGGUUUUCAUCUUUUUUUUCCUUCUCUUGGACCAAAUUCUUGGUGAGUAAGGGAGCAACCUCAGGGCAUCGCCAUAGGCCUUGACUUGACAAAUGAAGACUUGCCACUUUUCCCAACACUUCUUGCCCUGUGGAUGAGAGCAUGGGGCUCAGCACCCUGCUCUCCCUUUUUGGCUUGCCCCUGUGGCUUGGGCACAUGUGACCAGUUGGGUGGGGUCCAGAUGCUUCAGCCACAGAAGUAGUCAGGCAGAAGUAGUAGAGCAAGUUCUUCAUUUUUCUAAAAACUGUGUCCCAUCUUAAAUAUAUAGCUCACUCAAGUCCUUUGUCUCUUGGACUCUCUCAGUGUACUGUAGUUUAUUAAAGUAGCAUCCUACUUGGGUGAAGGGCAGAAAUCAAAACUAGUUUUUGAAGCACUUGAGAUGUGGUAUUUGUAUAUCCCUGUCCUGCUGAUGUUUUCCCCAUCUUUCCAUUUCCAGCUUUACAGCAUGUCUGAAACCUGCUAGCCUAGUCAUUUAAUUUAGAGAUAGGAGAGAUAAAUUGUCAGACUCCCUCCUAUUCCACUUUACCCUUUCCCAGGUCAGAAAACCAAUUUAAAAAUUUAUCUCUUAACUACCUCCUCUUUGCAUUGCAGCGUUGGAAGUUGUGAUAGGGAAGGAACAAAAUUCCUACCCUGUACCACAAGAUCAUUCUGGUUUCCUCCUCCCUGUGCCCUGCAGUCCUUUUCACAUAUUUAUUUUGGCUUCGGUCAAUGAAGCUAGAACUGAAAUUGCUCUUAGAAUGCAGCCUCCUGAUUCAGAGUAAAUGUCUAAGCUCUGGGUCUUCAUGUAUGCCAUCAGGCUUCCUGACCAGAGGUGGUGAGCCCCUAAACUCCACUUUAGUGUUAGGGUUAUAGGUUAGCCUCGCUAUGGCCAACCCCUUCCAGAUCACUCAUCUUUGAACCUCCUUCUCAACUUUAUUUGUAACAGAAGAGGCAGGGAGAACCUUUAUUGAGGGCUCAUCUUGGGGAUUAUGUAUGAAAGGCAAUUUGAUAUUAGAAAUGCAGGUCCCGGGAAUAAGUUUAGCCCCUUCCCUGCACCCCCCAAUAAGCACUGCCUCUUGACUAUGGCUAAAACAUAGUCCGGCAGUGGCCAGGCCUCCUGGUGGUUCUGGAGUGGAGCUGUCUGUAGGGUUGUCCUGCAUGUUCAGAAGUAAUUGAAUGUAUCAGCAUAAUCACCUUCCUUCUCCUAACCUGGCCAUGAUGACCACAAAUAUUACCAAAUUUACAUGUCUUCGUUUUCCCUUCAUCACCUUUUGAUGGCGAGAAGCAAAUUGUUGGUGAUAAUUGUGAAACUAGACAAUUCCAAAUUUGCUUUUCUUGAGACAGAAGCCAAGUAAGUCUCUCAUAGCCCAACUUGGCUUUGCUUUUCUUGCAAUUUGAACCACUCGUAUGCAUGAAAGCCAGGUUGUCCUCUGGAAGCUUCAGUUUAAAUGGUGCUAGAGGUCAUGCUGAGUUUGGUUCUUCUCAGUCCUUGGUAUUGGUCAUAAUUUUUGCUACUUCUCUCUCAAAAAGACAGGGAGAGGCCAGGUAUAAAUCUGCAUUGUGUACACUGCCGAUCAGCUUCCUUUUAUCUGCAUAUCGCCAUCACCUUUGUUCAAUAAAGUUUGUAUUCUUGGCUUU